AAAUUUUGAUCAUACAAAAAUAGGCAGUCGAAAUAUUAUUGUUGUAGUACCGGUUGUUUGUAAAUGUAAAUUUCGUUGCUUGCAAAUGGUAUUUAACAUAUUAAAGAUUAUCAAAUAAUGGCUACUCCUGUUCAAGAACAAAUACAAAUCACUGAUGAUGAGGUGUUCCGACGUAAACUUUUAAUGGAUGGCGAAGGGAUGGGUGAUGAACGAAGACUGACACUAUUAUUGAAAAGUUUUUACAAUUGGUGUGAUUCUAAAGGUUUAUCUGAAGAACAAAUUGUUUCUGGGUAUGAAAAUCUGUUAGCUUCUUUAUCCACCUGUGAACUUCUCAUGGUUAAAUCUCAUCGAGCACAAGUUGCAAAUGAAGCAGAAAUUGAAAAUUAUAAACAAUUAGAAGAUGAAAUUGGAAAAAAUAUUUCUGAAGUUAAAGACACCAUUGUGCAAAAAAAGCUGGAUUUACAGCAAGCAAAGAAAAUUCGUGAACAUAAACAACAAUAUGAUGCUUUAGCAAGAAUCAUCGCACAGCAACCGGAUCGAAAAGAGACAGAAGCUAAGCUCAAAGCAUUAAAUGAAGAAAUUGAAAGUCUUGCUGUGUCCAAAAUGAAUUUAGAGAAAAAAUUAGAUAAAAGACAUAAAGAGCUUCAAGUGCUACUGGGUGCAGCAUAUGAAUUGCAAAAAUUUGUUGAAAAGAAUGAUGAUUCGUGUUCAGAUUCUGACUGAUGUGAAACUUCAUAGAAAUUUUCAUUUCUUGUCAUUAAUUAACUGGACUUUAAUUUCAUAUCCUGUGAUAUAGUCGACAUUUUAUAAACAUAUUCAAUAUGAAGUGUUGUAAAAAUAUUUUCUUCAUUAUGUUUAUAUAUCCGCAUUUGUUUUAUGUAUAAAAAAAAUAAACAUAAAUUUAAAUUC